CCCAUUUUACCCCUACUCCACUCUACUUCUCUACGCUCGUAGCCCUGCUUCAUGUCAGAACGAUGGACUUCAGGCGGAGAAUAAACCGGAUUCCCGAGGAAUUUCGGGUCCACCACAUCUCGAUAGAACACGCGACCGCCUGUUUGGUUUCCCAAAAAUUUCUGCCCUCUAAUAAUUCUGCCAUUAAACCUCAUCCCUUUCCAUCUCUCUUUCUUAAAUUCUCCAACUACUCCCCUUUUUAUCGAUAUCUUGUAUACUCCUCCAUCGUUUAAUCUGAUUCUGCGACCGAGUAAUAGUUUUUCCAGUCAACUUCUAUGGCGUCGGUUGAUCUCAACCUACCUGAGCGGAUGUUCGCUGCCGGAGAUGAACCCGUCGGUGAACGAAUCAACUCAUAUCACAGGACUAAGCGCACUGAAGCAUUAAUCGCUGCUCUCGAUGCCGAAGAGUUAGAGUUCUUAAAGAAUUCUACAUUUGGGAAAGUUAUUUCUCUGGAUGAAAAUCCUCCAUUUUCCGGUGCAUUUUGCCAGUACAUCAUAGUCCGGCUCUUGAAAGUUAAUAAAAAAUACGAGAUUUGGAUUCUGUUCGCCGGAAGACCUAUCCGUUUCUCUCUUCGUGAGUUCGCCAUCGUGACAGGACUCAACUGCGACCAACUUCCUGAAUCAAGUAAGAAGAGAAAGAAGAAUCCGCUAAACGAGAAACUCUACUGGAACGAGUUGUUUGGAUCUCUCAAGUGUUGCAACGUCGACACAGUUAUCGAUAUGCUGAAGAAUCGCGUUGUCAAAGACAAAGACACGCGAAUUAAAUUCGCUUGUCUGGCAAUUACCUCUUCAAUCCUCUUGCCAUCAUCACACAACCCACGGAUUAUACCUGAGCAUGUCGAGCUGAUCAGGGAUAUCAAAGAAUUCUUGGAUUAUCCAUGGGGUCGGGUAUCUUUCCAUUUUCUCAUAACCAAUCUGACGCAGAAGAACGAACUCGCAUUGUCCCAUUCUUCGAUUGCAUUGAAAGGCUAUGUGGAUGCCAUACAAAUGGUAAUGGUUGCUGCUAUCCCGAGAUUAAAAGAGGAGGUCGUGCAAAAUGAGCCGGUGGUUGUUGUAGUUGAUUCCGAUAGCGACGACGAUGAUGGUACAGAAGAUGAAGCAGAGGAGUCUGAACAACAACCGCGUGUAGAGAAACCCCCAAAUGUAACUAGAUAUCAAGUCAUCCCGGGGCAUGCUAGAGAUAUCGACCUAGAGUGUGAGGUAACUGCUAAAUGAAAAAUUAGAAUCUAGGUUUACUAGUGACUGCUAACCUAAUUGGUACAUGAUACUUUCUCGUUUGCAUUGCACGCUAAUUUGUGGCCCCUAACUGCCAAAGUUAGAGGUUAUUUUGAUUAAUAUCGGUUACUGGUUUCGAUGGCUGCUAAGUUACAAUCACACAUUAUGCUAUGUAGGUUGCUUUUCCCUCCAUUCUACCCGACCCAGUAGAGGACUUUGCUGGUGCUGGCGACUUUAAUUGGGUUGACGAGCUCGAUGACCCUAAGGUUGAAAGAAUUGUUACCCUAGAUGGAGAGGCGUUUCCCUUCUCCAAUGAUUUGUUCGUCGGAGGUCUCACAGCAUCCGAUCUUCAGCGGAUGACGGGACAGGUGAACCCAAAAGUUAAAAAAGUAAGGAUAAGCAGGAGAAGGAUAGAUCCUCUGUUUUGAAAAAAACACAAGCUUCUGCCCCUGUUGGUAAUGUAGACAUCGCAAAUAUCAUCACAUCCCAGCUGAAGGACUACCUUCCUGCUUUAGAGGACCGUCUCUCUCAACGUAUGCUAUCUGCAUCUGCUAAUUUUGUGUCCGCCUCAGUCUUCGAACAAGCAAUUCAGGACCUUCAGUUAUCUGUACGUCGCACCAUGAAGGAUAUUGAGACCACUCUUAAAGGGGCAGUCGAAGAUAAUGUGAAGAAGUUGGAAUGUUCGUGCAUCUCACUCAUCACCAGCCUACUGUCUAAAGACAAAAUAUCAUCCACACCAGUCCCUGAUGCUGUUUUCGAACAACACCAGUCCGGUUAUUUGCUCAAUCCUAUUGACUCUGUGCGCGGUUCCACGCCUCCUUCCCCCAAUGGGCAACCAGAGACUGCGGUAACCGAUUUGGCGGGGAAACUCAUUUCUGAUGUGCUUCGCGACGUCAACAUAGACCCCCCCCCCCACUUUACAGGUAACCGUGAAAAAUAGUUUUACCCCGCUAAGCCCUUUGCACACUGUAUAUUUACCAUAUAUAUUUUUCCAGGAACCUACCUUGCAACCUCUCCCCCCAACAGAGCAAUCUCUCGCUCCCUUUGUCGGUCAUAGGAGGGAUGAUAAAGGCAACCAGGAGUCCGCCACCGCAGACGCUGCCGAACCAGUUGAAAUUCGCGGGACGAUUCCAUUUUCAGAGACCGAUGCUACAUUGGAGGAUGAUAAUCCCCAAGAAGCGCCCCUAGGUGACGCUUCCGGCUUAGUUGAUACGGGUUUGGCGGUACCAGCAUCCGAUAACGACCACCUACUGGAGGAGGAAGCAGAGGAAGUCCUUGUAGAUGCCCACCCGACCCAAUAUGUUCUCCCACAACCCCAAGCUGAAGCUGAGACCCUUGAGACUCGGCGGAGUAAAAGGCCGAGAAUCCUGCCGACAUUGUAUCAGGAUUAUCAUUGCGACCCCAAGAUUGCUGCGCUACACCCCAUCCAUCCGGACUUGGACGGAAUGUUUGACCAACUUGUUUCCUUCAUUAGCCGCAACGAGUAAGUUUCCAUUCCUAAGUAUAUAGCUUACUUUAUAUCAGAGACGCUAUUAAACUUAGUAGCUGAUAAUUAUGGAAUUGUCCGC